ACCCUUGUGACUUCCAGGACUGCGCCGCCUUCGAGAAUGGGGCGGCGACCCGUCGUCCUAGCUCUCCUGGCUCUUCUGGUGACGUGGUCGCUGCUUCAGCUCCUCUGCCAGCUUGGUGGUUCUCUCCUGAGGCGCAACACAAGCCAGCCUGUUUACCCCGACGGAACUAGGCACCGCCGAGCGCACAGCCAGGUCCUCCUCUGGACGCAGAUCCGCUCCGGGUCCUCGUUCACCGGCCGCGUGCUGUCGCUGGGGACAAGAACCUUCUACUCGGAGGAACCCAUUCGCGUCCACAACCACGCCUUAGGGAGGGAUGUCGGUGCGGCCGCUGCGUUUCUCAAAGACAUCUUGCUCUGCCGUUUCUCUCGGCACUUGGAAUAUUUCAAGGAUUACAUAACUUGGCAUUUUCAAGAUCUGAAAGUAAAAUACCUCUGCGAAUUCGAGCCAAGGCUGUGUUCCUCUCCCUUCACUUAUGAAGCCUUCUGCCGCGCCGCCCCCGUGGUGGUGGUGCGGGUAGUGGCUCUGGCCCUGAGGGCGUUCAUCCCGCUGUUGGAGGACGACGAACUGGAUCCCAAGGUGGUCCACUUGGUCCGCGAUCCCCGGGGCGCACUCAGCUCCAGGAGAAGUCUUCCUUCCUAUGCCCAUCUCUACGAGGAGGAGUCGAACGUGAGCGCCGUGUGCGAGAGGUACCGGGAGGACCUCGCAGCGGCUGCCACGCUCCGUCAGCGCUUCCCUGAAAGGUACAUCCUCGUGCGCUACGAGGACCUGGCGCUCAACCCGGAGCGAGAAGUCCGUCGCCUGUACGAGUUCGCGGGCCUCCCCUUCACCCCCUUCGUGUCCCAGUUCCUCUUCGACCACACGAGCGGCCUGCAGACUCGCGAGGUGAAGGACGCGCCGUUCAGUCUGGCUAGGAACUCCACCGAGGUCGCGGAUCGGUGGCGAGACCGGAUGAGCUACGAGGACGCGCUGGCCAUCCAGGAGCAGUGCGAGGACGUCCUGCAGGGCUAUGGCUACGAGGUCUUCAGGAGUCGCAGGGAGUACUCGCGCCGGGGAGGGGCUGCCGGGGCGCCGUCCUAGCCUGCGUCCAUACCGGAUGCUAUGAUAAUAAUAGUGAUAACAAUGAUAAUGAUAAUAAGAAUAAUGAUAACUAUAAUGCUGA